AAGAAAUUGUUUCCCAUUUUAUUUUUUAAACUAGACGUUGCUACAACAAUGAGCAUUAUGAGCUGGUUAAUAAUAACUUUAGCCAUUGCUGCCUUCUUUUCAUCCCAAAUAUCUUAUGCCUAUGAUCUCAACCCUCUACAAGACAUAUGUGUUGCAGUUAACGACUCUAACGCUUCUGUUUUCGUGAAUGGAAAGGUUUGCAAAGACCCAAACCUUGCAAACGCAGAUGAUUUCUUUGCUUCAGGUCUUAAUGUUAGUAUUGGAAAUAUAGUGGUGGCUAAGUAUGGCUAUUCUGUGACUAUUGUGGGUGUAAACGACAUGCCUGGACUCAACACUCUUGGUAUUUCUAUUGCUUGCGCUGACUUCAAACCGAAGGGUCUUAUCCCACUUCACACGCACCCUCGCGCUACUGAGCUCAUAACUAUCUUGGAGGGAACUAUGUAUGCUGGGUUUCUUGUGCCUGCUGCAAACACCUUUAAGAGUCGUCUCUUCUCCAAAAUCUUGAAUCCUGGCGAUGUGUUUGUGAUCCCACAAGGUCUUAUUCACUUCCAGUAUAAUGUGGGACACAAAAAUGCUACUGUACCAGCUACUUUCAAUAGUCAAAAUCCUGGAUUCGUCAUGAUUCCUAGUUCAAUCUUUGCUUCGGAUCCGCCUAUUCUAGAGAACGUUCUUGCCAAAGGCUUCCAGCUUGAUAAGAAAGUGAUUGAAGAACUUCAAAAGAAAUUCCCCUAG